CCGGAGUGUAAGUGACGCAUCAGCAAAAAAAAACAAAAAGCCCUCAAUUUUUAAUUUGUUUAAUCGUAGAAGUGAUACAAAUUUAACCCAAAUAGAUGAAGAUAUUCGAUUUAAAGAGAGUGGUGGUCGUCGAUUAAUACGCGGUAAAAGUAACUUAACUGAUUUUAUAUGCAAAGAAAACGAUAAAAGUGCGUUAUUAGAAAACGACAAGAUUGAUUCAGAAAACGAAAAUAUUGACCAUAAUAUCGGAGUUAUAAAACAAAUUGUAGGGAACGUUGAGAAAGCAUGUUAUAUUAAUGAAGCUGUGGUUAGUGAUGACAAUUUUAAAAAUAUAGCAUUAAGGAAUAACUUUAGAAAAGAAGAGAUUAAGGAAAAUAGAAAUCUGACGAGAAAUAGCUCUAAUCGAUUAAGUAAUAAAGAAAAUUCACCUCCAUAUGCAAUUUCCAGCAGCAACGCAAAUAUUAGCAAAUAUCAAGCAACAGAAGAUUUAUCAACAAAAAAAGACACUGAAGAUCCCUAUCCCUCUAUUAACUUGAAAGCUAUGUACAAGGAUAUGCACUGCUCUCAACUACCACCAGAAAAGCUCCCUCUUACAAAAGGUUUAACGGUAGAUGGAAUGGUGAAGCGUUUGAUUCUAGAAAGAUUUUCUCCUCCCCCUGCAAUAAGUGGACCAGUGUUUUCAUAUACUAGACCAAAUGAGGCUAUUAUAUAUGCUCAAUUAACUGCAGAUGAUUUUGAAGAUCGAAAUGAAGAAAUACUUGUGAAUACUACUACGAAAGAAAGUGAAUCAUCACCUAAUUCAGAUUUUCAAAUAUCAAAUAGCUGCAAAGUAACUGAAACGGCUCGUGUACCGAGUUACUUUACUAAUCAGAAUGAUAGUAGUGGUCACAACAAUUCGGAAAUCUAUUUAACUGACUUUUAUCAACAUGAUCAAGAACCAAAACCAUUCUCCAAAAUAUUUUUUCGAGGACAAAACUCCUCACCAGAAAGAAAUCGACAUAGUCCACGGAAUUUGAGUGAUGAUGAAGGCCUGGGAUUUGAGUCAAAAAAAUAUUUUGACGACGAGUUGUCGAAUCAAACAAGCACAUCCGACAAUCAUUUUAAUGCCUUACAGUACAUUGAACAAGACAAAUCACUUUCUGUAGAACCUUUGACUGUUCCAGUUAUUCACGGUUCCUUACCGCCAAUCGACCUUACUAUGAAUAAACGACGUGGCGGUGGUAUAGGUUCUCAUCAAGAAGAUUAUCCAAUCAAAGCUCAAAAUGAAUUUAAUAAUUUAAAAAGUAGACGGGAAGCUUUAGAAUCAAAAAUUUAUUCUAGGAAAUUCGUGAGUAAUAAAUGGCAGCCACUUACUGAUGAGCAUAACGACUAUCAUGACGAUAAUCUUGUACUAAAUGUAAAUAAAACGAAACAUCCCAAAAUUGGAAAAAGGAGUUCGCCUAACAAGAUAGUUCGACAUUUAUAUCUUGAAAGAGGGAAUAAUGACAAACUCGAUAAUUUACAAUCCCUUGACAUUUUUGAAAACUGUUCACCAGCACAAGCAUCUUCUAAUUCAAGUUUUACUUCAAAACAACCGGAAUUAAAAUCAUCCAAACAUGUACGUACACAAUCUUUUGAUGAUGAUAGUCACAAAAACAUUUAUGAGAAGGAAAUUAAUUAUGACCAAGAUGAAAAAAGCCGAGUUAUAGAAUUUUUUAAGAAAGACCUUUCAGAUUCCUCCGAAAUUUUGAGAGAUCUCUCCUUAUUUAAAAGAGACCACUGUAGCACAGAUUUUAGGUCUAAAAAUAGUGACAAUUUAUUUCAGCAGUCAAGGAAAAAAACAUCAAAUCAAUCCCAACAGGAUGAAAAAUGGGACAUAAAAACAUUAACCCACAAUAGAAAAUCUCAGCCUAGCUUUGAUAAAGGUGAUUCUGGUAUUGAGAACGAUUUUCGAAAGGAAUCAUUUAAUAGUGACUUUCUAACAAAAUGGCGAGAUCCGAUACCUUGUGAUGUUAUGAAAUUAUGUGACCUAUUUUUAAGAAAGGAACGUCGUCAUACAGAAGAUUUGCAUCAAUAUCAUAAGAAAUAUGAUUUUGUUUUUCGAGAAAGAAGCAUAGAUGAUGGUUCUCACUUUGAUCCGCGAUUAGACAAAUACUCUCAGGAAGCGAAGUUUCGGAACAGAGUCCCUUUCUCAUUAAACAGAAAGACAGCAUUGCUGACGAAAUCCAAUUUCGCAAGCGAAAUACGCAAACAAAAAGAUGGGGUUGCAAAAACUGAUAGAAAAAUUGGAGGAUUAGAAAAAGUGAAGAAGCUUUUUGGAGGGAAAAAAAAGGAAAAAAAAGAGUUUUCUUCAGGUAGCGAAAAAAGUAAUUCGAUCGAAAAGGAUAAUUAUAUGGUUAAUGAGGAGGAGAUGAGGUCGAGGUACAUGGAGUAUCGUGGACCAGAAGCAAAAGAAACACAUAGUAAUGAUAUAUCAACUAGAAGACGGUUGUCCACACCGAGAGCCAGUCCCUCUUUAAAGAGAUCGCAAUCGGAGGAAGAGAUUCAAUCAUCGCAUAUAAUACAACAAAUUCAAGGGGACGAGAAAGUCGAGAAAGCAAGCUGGUUCAAAUCAUUGGAUAGAAAUGCUAAAAAGAAAAAUGAAAAGAAACAUCUCGCGUCUUCAUCUUUUCGCUCACCAACGAAAGAAGAUUUAUUCAUUGUUAGCAAAGCGUACAGUAAACCAUUAACGCAGGGAAUGUCAGAAAAAAAUUUUAGGUUUUUCGGUGACACAGACAUGGAAUCAAAUCCGCCAACAAUAUCGAAAGGCACAAAAGCGUCACGCACCCGGAAUAACAUUGAAUUUUCAAUAUUAAACCAGUCUCAAAAAUAUUCUCAAAGUGCCUAUAAUUUAGAUCACAUACCAAAUAAAUAUGUUGCUAGUCAAACCAAAAGCAGCUCAAUGCAAAACUUAGAUGAAAGAAAAAAGAUGGCAAAUAAUGUUAAAAUAACACUCCACCAUUCGCGCUCCAAAAACAAGCUGAAAGAUAUUUAUGAAAGUGGAUCUGAAACUGAGGGAAGAGAUGUACUUCAUAAGACUGCAUCAAAAUCUAGAGAAAAAAAAUCAGGAAAGCAUCAAAGUAAUAGUAACAUGUCACCAAAUCGAAGUAACAAUAGUUUUGAUACAAAAUUACCAUUGGGAGAAGUAUCAUCCGAUCCUGCUAUAGUCGAAUUUAGAAAGCCACCACAAGGUCCACGAAAACCAAUAAGAAAUCCAAUUCGCUCCAGGCACUCUUCAUCAUUUUCUAGAGAACGCGAUCCUUUGCAAGAUAGCUCUGGUACGGAAGGUGAUUCAAGUUUAAAUAGUCAACGUAGUGUCGUGUACCUGCAUGCUGCGACUGUCGGAGAUAUUCCACAACCAUAUCAGAUGUCUCCAUCGAAACGGAGAACCAUUCCACGUGACAAAAUCCACUAUAAACGAUCGGAUAGUUUACAUAAGACACAUGAAGCCUCAAUUGAGCCAAUGGCAAAAUCCGUUUCACGAUCAGUAUCUAUGAUUGCUCCAUGGACACCGAAGCAACGCAGCGAUGCCCAAGAAAUAAAUUACUCACCAGAUACUCCGGCAAAUUCUGAAAUUGGUAAGCCAAAACCGAAAGCAUCCCGAAAAUAUUCAGGAAGUGGUAACUCAUUAGGGCGGUCGAAAAAUAAUAACAUAAAACCGCGGAAAUUUACAACAUCCAAAGAAGAUUCCUUAACACCAGGAAACUCUUUUCAAACUACUGCGAGGGUUGUCUUGUCGAACCGCCCACUGAUGUAUGAAAAGAGAGAUCAUGGAUCAAAACACGAUGUUAGCCGACAUACUAUAAAAUAACUUUUAUUUUGAAUUUUUUUAUAUGUAUUUGUUGUUAUUACAUUUAACCUACAUUCUUCAUUUAAUAUAAUUCAACAAGUUAAAACUAAAUGAGUUUGAAGGGUGCUGUCGCAAUGUUUAAAAGCAGAAGAAAUACAUUAUAUAAAAAACAUAUACAUAUAACACAACAUGAAAAAAUGAUUAACUCAAUGGGAAAGGCUUCUCUUCAGCUCAAUAUUAUCUUAUAAAAAUAUACCUUAUUCAAUUGAGCUAUAGAAGUUGCUUUAAUUAUUUUGUCGUUUUAUGAAGCGUUAAGUUGAAAGCUCGAAAUGUUUGCAGCAUUAGAUAUUUCGCUAACAGUUAUUUUUACAUUUUUUAGUAUGCUUGAAAAGAAAUUUUGAAAUACGUUAAUAUAAAUAUAGUAAAGUGAAUUUGAAAUAAAAUUAUAUAAAUAUAGUAAAGUGCUAACUGAAUGUUGCAUACAUACCUUUGAAGGGAAAUCUUUUGUUAAUAUAAUAUUAAGAAAAAAAUUUUUCUAAAGUAGAAAAAAUUAUGUGGAACAACUUAUCAAAUAAAAUUACGUAGCGUUUCGAUUAAAUACUGAAAAAAAUUUAUUGAAUUCGAAUGGUACGAUAUAAUGCCAUAUAUAUCUAUCAGGUCUCCAAGCUAAAAUUAUUCCAACAAUUUUGAAUCAAAAAAAGAAUUGCAAUUCUUAACGUUUUAUGCUUUCGAAGUAUGCCGAUUAAAAUAUUUUUUUUAUUUUUUUGUGAAAUUUUAGAGUAUUCUUUGCGACUUUCAGUUUAUUUACUAUAGUUUUUAAACCAAUUUAAAUUAUAAUAUUUUUUGAUUUGCUUUUUUUUCCAAUUUCUUUAAAUUAUAUUUCUUAUUCAAAAAUUUUACUCUGUAAUUAAGUACUCUUCCAUUUGGAAGACAUGAAAAGUUGCCUGCAAUUUUUCUGAUUCAGAAAAAAUUGCAAUUUUUUUCUGAUUUCAGUUUUCAGAUAGAAUAUGCUAACCAACUUUUUCUAAAUUUUAAUUUAAAUUAAAAAAAAAAUAUGUAGAAUCAGUAAAGCUAAAAAUAUUGAUCAACUUCCUUCUCACAAAUAAUUUCCGAUACCCCUUCCAUUAAAAAUCCAUAUAAAUUUGGAAUUUAUUCUUGAUUUGUUCUUUGAGCUUGGUGGCAUGAUAGAUAUUUAUGGCAUUAGCACGAUAUAUACAAGUUAUAUUUAGAACAUGAUUAAAAUUUCGAUACCUAUAAUACUUAUCUAUAAAUUAUGUUAAAUUUUAACAGAAUAAUUAAAAUAUCUAUUAAUUUUAAAUUAUUAAACCGUAACUUUAAAAUAUGAAAUCAUUAAAUAUUAAAUUAUCAAUUUUCUGUCGUUGUAUAUAUGUACAAACAAAAGUAAAAUGAACGCCGUGGAAUAUAAAACACAAAAAUGGAGUUCAAAACUUUUUUAUGUUAAUAAACAAUUUGUGAAAUCAUAAUAUAACUUACAAAACUAAUUUACUCAUACUUGGAAAUAAGGGUGCCGUUUUAUUUUUAUAUAAUGAUGAUUAAAUCAAUCCAAUAUUAUUUACUUAACUUUUAAUGUUAUAAAUUACAGAUUACAAUCAGCCCUAUCAUGAAUUCCACUCGUAGAAUCCUACGAAUUGCGAACAGAAUAUGCAAAGACAUUUAUAUAAUCAUAAAUUCAUUUCGUAGAGAUAAUGAAUCACCAAUGGCAGUACCACUUUUUGCAGUGUUAAAAUCAGUAUUUUAUUCCAAUUAUAAAAUGUUUAUUUAUACUUUUGGUUGUUUUUUCAGCAAACAUAUUAUAAUCUUUUGUAUGAACAGUAGAAUAUUUUUUGGAAUAUUCAUACAAAAGAAUAUUUUUCAAAACAUCGUUUUGUAUGAAAAUUUUGCAGUUUUUCUAGUUUUUGAAUAUACUAUCUGAAAAUCUGUAGGAAUUUUGUUUUUAACGAUAUGAAUUUAUUUCCUUUCAUAGUGGUCGUGCAUAAAGUAGCUCAAACUAAAACAAAAAAAUUUAAAACUUGAAAAUUAAUACGACCAUUCUUUUUAAAUUGCUUGUUACGGGUGAUUAUAUCUUUCUUUUCUUAGACUUUUGAUCGUAAUUUUUACUACGAACGUAAUUUAUGAUUAAUCAAUAACGAAUAUUCGGAGGAGAAUUUUAGUGAUUCGUAAUUGAUAAACGGUUCGAAAAAUAUCAUAUUCGUAAUGUUCCGAAUUUCAGAGUUACGAACGAAAUUCUUGAUAGUGCUGAAUAAUAUUAUGAUGUGUGUGAAUAUUAUAUGUAUAUUUAACAUUAAUAUGCUUAAUUUGUAUAAUAAAUUGAAAUAAAACAAAUGCUAAUUUAUUUAAAAUGA